UAACACACUGAAAGUGAUUAGUUUCAAGGGAAUAGGAAGUCUAAGGGCAAGAGAGCUGUAGAAAUUAUCUUGUCUCAAUCAGGUAUUUUUAGAAUUGCUUCAGGAUCCAUUAAAUUUAGCAUCUCUGUUGAUAUGGUGGUGAGAUUGUGGAUCAGUAGUCAGUGAUUGGUGUUACAAGCCUCCUAAGCUUUGUAUCAAUCUAUCCCAAGAGAUAAAAUCCCCUCUUCUCACCAGGAUAGCUCUGAAGCAAGUGUUAUGAUGUGCUCAUUCAGCUCAACUUCAGUGGAUGUCUCAGGCACUGUGAGGCAUGGAAGAUAGCAGAGAAUUAUUCAUUCCAUUCCGUAAGAAAACCAAUAAGCUGAACCGAUCCAGGCGCAUUAGUGCGGCCAGGAAUUUUCUGCAGUCUGAGAUAUUCAAACUCAAUUUUCAAGAUAUUGCUUCAUCGCCUAAGUUUAGACCUCUGAGGCAUGGAUUCAUUGAUGAAGACGAUUUUGAGGAUUUUAAGCAGGAUUUGUUAGAUUUUCGUGUGUUAAAACAAGAAUUAAGAGAGGGAAGUAGUCCGGAGUGUCAGCGGAAAGCUAGACAAGCCACGGCAGAAGCACGAAGGAGUCGACUAAGUACAGACCAGUUAAUGGAAUUUUUCAACAGUGAUGAGAAUUUCCAGGAGUUUGAGAGAGUGUUUGAGACUUUUAAAAGUAAAAGGUUCUCAAAUAGUGCGGAUAAGCUUCGACUGUCCCUGAACAGGUUUGAGGACGAUGACAGCGAUAGCAGUGAUGACGAUGACAAAACCAUUGUGUUAGAUGAUGAGUUAUUUAUAGGUGACAUUGAAGAUGACCCAGAGGAGGAUAUGUUUACAGAAUUUUUUGACAAUGAUGCAAGUUUUCUUGAGUUUGAGAGGGAAUUUCAGACAUUUAAGGUAAAACGUAGAUCUCGUGUGAUCGAUAGAAUUAACAGACAGUCUGGCUGUGACAUUGUGUCGGAACUACAAGCAAUCUGUGAUAGGGACCCUACAAAGAAAUAUGAUGCCAUGUUGGAAGCAGGUGAACAUAGGCUAUGGAACUCAGGUGGAGAAUGGGACUAUAUAUUUAGUCAUCUGAACAAGAACAGGUCCACAUCAGCCUCGAACAUAUCAGGGAACUAUGGGAGUUGUUCAAGUCUUAACACAGUUCAUACUUACUCCGAAUGUGAUACCGGAUUCUAUUCUGCGGACCCUAGUAAUGUGAAUAGUAUUCAGAAUCAUGUGGAAUGGAAUAGUAAUGUACCAAGUCGUUCACGUUCUAAAAGUGAUAUUUCAGGUUGUGUACAAUGUUGCUCAGAACCAAGCAAUGUGAACAAUGUACCAAAGUGUUCAUGCUCAGAACCCUGUGCUCAAAAUUCUAGUCAUGAUUGUCAUUUUACAAGCCACCAAAAGUGUGCACAGUUAGUGCGACUACCCUGUAAACACUCCCCCGACGGAAUUCCUCUAGACGACUCCUCCCAGGAAGUGGAGGGACUUCCCAAUGUCUCCGAUGUUAAUCAGAGUGCCAGCAACGAGACAACUUCGGAGGCUACAAAUGAGAAGGAUGAGACGGACAGUGGUUACAGGUCAGGGACCAUCCCCGACGACAAGUUACCACGAAAACCAAGCCAGGCCACUCUCAACAGGGAGGAGUUGAAGAAGAAAUUAGAGGAAUAUAAUUCACUGGUGCCUGGGGCUGAUUUCAAACUACAUACAGAAAAGGGUGAAACUUUCCAAGGUUUUGUGAAGGUGACCUUGAACCUUGUACGACCUAUCUGUAUGUCACUGGGGGCACGACCCCCAUCUGUCUACGAACUCCUGACCAAUGAGCACAUCGUGGAACAGAACACCCAGACUAUUUCGUUCUACAUGCCCCGGGACACAGUCAAGUCCAUCCAUAUUACCAGUGAUGAAACUACAAAGGACGUGAUCUCCAUGUUGUUGAAAAAGUUCCAUAUUUUAGACAAUCCCAGAAAAUUUGCCUUGUAUGAGCAAGAGCUGAAUGAGAAAGGCAAAAUAGCCAAGCUUCGGCGGAUCCAAGAGACGGAAUACCCACUCCAUGUAUCAUUACUCUGGGACUCAGACAGAAUAGAAAGAACACGUUUCGUUUUACAGGAAAACGAAAAUGGUGAAAUUGAUUGGGAGGCUUUCAGUUUACCCGAGUUAAGUAACUUCCUGCGAGUACUAGACAGGGAAGAACAAGAGUACCUAACAGAACUUAAACACAAGUAUAAAUUCAUGAAGAAGAUUGUCCAGCAAAGACUCAAAGAACUUCGAAUUGAGAAGCAGCAGGCUGCUGGCAGCAAAAGGGAUUCGUACAUCCGUCCUGCGGGGGCUGAUCAUCCGCUAGCCCAGUCUUCAUGAUUUGUACAUAAGGUUGUGAUGCCUCAGACGAGGAUGUGGUGCUUUUGUCAUGUGAUAUAAAAUUGUCCAAUCAGGGAGCCUCAUUACAUUAUGUGCAGAACUGAAUCAAUCAAAAUGAGGUUCUCUAACUUGUUGGAUUCAAUUUCUUUCAUACCUCGGGUGUUAAUAUGAUAUGGACAUGAUAUCAGUGUAGUGCCUAAAUGUGUAAAUGUUCAUUCCCAAUCUGGAGAUGAAAAGUCCAAAAAAAAAUAAUCACUGUGAUGUUAUUUUAGCACUUUGCGUUUUGGAACUCGCUUGGAGACAGUUAAUUCCCAUCUCCAAAAUGGCUGUCAGGGCCAUUAUUUAUGUAUAGUGUUUAUAUUAUAUAUAAGAUAUAGAUUAUAAUAUGCAUGCAUCAGAGACUAGUCAUGCUAAAAAAAAAUUACAAAACAUUGUAAAAUAAUAAGUAUACUCAGCAUUGUAUAGAUCAAUCAUAAGUGCUGUCUCUGUUUCUUUAUAGAUGAUUUUUUUUAGGGCAACAUGGAUUUAAUUCAUUGUUUUAGAGCUGUACCUAUUCUUCCAGUAGAAUUCCAUCCUGCAUCAUCAUUCAGUAUUACAUGUAAACAUUUUAUGUGUAGAGGUGCCAAUAGACUUAUCAAUUUGUAGCUGGGAAAAAUAAAUUAAGACGGGAUUUAAAUUCUAACCUCAAAAAACGUCUCUGGUCAAGUAAAGCUAUAUAGAUUGACAGAUUCAAAUAUGCCACCAAUUUCAGGAUACUGACUUCUAAGUGUGAAACUUGGGUAAAUGAUAUUAAGAGUAGAUAUUAACGUUUUACUCAUGUUAUAUGUUAUUUUGGGUACUGGAUUCUAACGUUUUGCACAAUCAAAUACAUGUACAUAUUUUCUGUAAGCUGGCAGCUCUGUGUUACACUUGUUGCAUCACUAAAUGUGAUAUUUUUCUCUGGAAUCAUUUGCGGAAAAAAAAUUAUGUACACCUUAUGUAGACUUCACAUAUAAAUGCCAUUAAGAUGCCUUCCAGAGAUUUUUUUUUCACCCCAUACAUAUUCAACAUUCACAUUUAAUCGAAUUAAGAAUGAAAAAUUGAGGACUUCAAAUAUCUGUAAACUCAAUCAUGUCAAUAGCUUAGCACCCUGAAUUCUUGGCAUAAUAUUGGAUGCAGAUCAAAUCUGUGUCAACCCUUCCUGUGUUCCAGGUGCAUGCGAUGCCAAAGUUCUGCAUUGAACCUUUAUAUACCUAUAUCCCAUCUCAUCUUUUGAAUAUAAAUACUGUCCAUGCAGCUGAUGCUUUGGAUAGGUAGUCAAGGGAGAAAUCAGUAAUUGAAAAAAUGUGUCUACAUAUACUUAGAAAAAGAUCCCCUUGUUACAAGUGGUGAUGUUAAUCACACAAUACUGCCACAGCUUGCUCACACAAAACACAUUGUGCUUCAAUAUACCUGCAUAGGAUAGCAUUGGAGUUGCAUAGGGUAAAAUGUAUGAUAUAAUAGACUUAUCUAUUAUUUUUACAGCAGAUGUUUUCUCUAAAGUGCCUUCUCUCUACUAUAGCUCAGAACACACAUUGUCAAUAUAUUUAUAAACUGUUAAGAUUUUACAAUGAGUAGUUCAAAUUUUAAGCAGAUUCUGAUACUUUAUAUUAAUCUUGCAAAUAUACAGAAUCACCAUUUGAUAUUUUUCACUAUCUGUGUGGUAAAUUGCAAAUGGCUGCCAUUUGUCAUGGCAACCAGCUAGGGGGGAAAAUAUGCUGAAAUCAGCUGAUGUGUAAUCAGGGCUAUGGGAGCUUUGUUUAUAUAUGACACAAGGGAAGGGAGCAUGUUUACAUUUCCUUUCCUAACAGGUGUCUCUUGAAUUGGGGAAAAAAUUCUAGAUGCCAGACAGAUAAUGAAAGAUGAAAUCAGUUGGUGGAAACUCAUCAUAUCCCAAGGUCUUCUUUAGAUAGAAAACAUCUUGAAAUUUUACAUUCAGCUAUGUUGUAGUAUACUGUCACAGUGUUAUUUUGACCAGUGAAUGCAGUACUCUGUGUCCACAUAUUUUAUGCAACAGACCUUUUGUUAAACGCACCACACUUUUAGUAAAUAGCUUGCCUUACAUUCCCGGUAUAAUUGGUACACUGUAUGUUGACCAUGCCCUGACUAUUCAUGCUAGCAUUUGAUUUCCAUCACAGACACACAUCACUAAGAGGUAUUCCACAUUUAUAGUAUAUGUGGAAAAAAUUAUUUUCGAGUGCCAGUGAUAAAUUUAAAUAAUAAAAUUGCAUUUAUUAUUGUAUUUAUUGUCAUUAAUUCAUGAUUUGCAUCAUUUUUUGUCAAUAUUUAUCAUUUUCAUGAAUUACAAAAUUCAUGUUUUUCUCAUCAAACAUGUACAAGUGUCAUCACAGGUGCACAUUGUCUGGUUUUGAUUUUUUAUUUGGGGUGGUGAGGUGGAUUUUAGCUAGGUCUUUUUCUUGGUCUUUUGGAAAAAAAAAAUAUAUGUAUAUCAUCAUCAUUAUAGUCGUAUUAUCUAUUAGCAUGAUUAGUGCAUCCCUAUAUGUAAACAGAAGAUGUGAAUAUAUUAAUACUUAUUUCUGUAAUUGCUGUAAAGUACACAGCGUGGUCCUUUGAUCUCUAAUUAACUGAAUGAUUCUUUAAUUGAAAAAAUGGCUCAUAUAUUUAUUAUGGAAUGACUGAGUAAAAAUUAAUUUUGCACCUUGUAUUAUUUUGAGUGCAGUGGUGUUUAACAGAUUGUACAUGUGCUACAAAUGAAAACUUGUUAACGAUAUCAUUGAUUAUUAAUUCAGGUCAAAGUAUGACCUUGAAAGGUCAUGACAUGACCUUGUAUCAUCAGAGUAACCACAGCUUUAUGGAUCUUGUUACAUAUAUUGUUGAAUUCUCUGUACCUUACUUUCAAGCAAAAAACCUGUUAAAAAAACAAUAAAAACGAAACAAAAAUCA